AAAGUUUUGAGGUUAUAUAUAAUUUGUAUUUUGUGGACUUUGUGGUCAAUAAAUUCAAUACAUUGUUGUUAGAUUUUAUAUCAGCGAUUUACAUAAAACUAACGAAUAAUGUAGCCUGUAUGAUCUGUGAUACUCGUAUUCUUGAUUUUUGACCUAAAAAUCCGUAAAGAUGACGAUACCAAGGCUCAAGGCUUAUAAUAUAAAUAAUACUUGGUUGGUUCGGGUUUUUGUCAAAUAAAUAGCCGGGCUACUCAGUCUUGUUUUCGAUAUCAGAGGUGUACAUUAACCACAUUGACAUGGAACUAGAAAAUGCAACCAUAAAGAUGGAACCGGAAGAAACCUAUGUGAAGACUGAGCCUGAAGAAUUGUGUGAAAAUAUACAUCCCAGCAUAGCUACUGUGAAAGAGGAGCCUUGCGAGGACAGUACAGAUGUUGAUACGAGUCACACAUAUGCAUGGAACAGUUCUUAUGCAACACAAGAGACUAAAGAGACAGUGUGUGUAAUAACCAAGCCCGGAACUGUGAAGGUGGAGCCCUUUAGCAAGGACAGUACUCCAUCUACGAGCCAGACAAUCACAGCCAACCCUUAUACCCAUGAAGUCAUAGAAACAGUGUAUGUUACAGAGCCCAGAGUGAAGGUUGAGCCAUUGUGCCAUGAGAGUACUCAGCCUUCUACAAGUCAGGCCACAUGGACCAGUGCUUAUGUCCAUAAAGUCAAGGGAGAGGCAGAAUUUGUAACAGAGCCUGGCCUACAUAUAAAAAAGGAGAUAGAAGACAAUGAAAAUAUGUGUGCGAGUGAAGCAACCGCAUGGGAUAAGCUUUAUGAGAAACAUGAGGUUAAGGAGGAGGUUGUGCUAAGUCUUGAAUCAAUUCACCGGCCUUAUGCUGCCUCUAAACUAACAGAGAUGCAGACCAAAGCAGAGGAAAUGGCGCCGGAUGGGAACUGCCCCGACAAGCCAGAAUUACUUGAAAUAGAGCAUAGCCUUCAAUAUUACAUGUGCCCUCAAUGUGACUACACAACAAAUGACAGGAAGAGUUUGAGGACACAUUUAAACACUUUACACACUACAACAUUAAUCCACAACUGCAAUCUCUGUAGUUACUCUACUCCUAAUAAAAUAUAUUUAAAACGGCAUCAAAUCGUACACACCGGUAAAAAAAAAUUUAAGUGUAGUUAUUGUGAUUUUUCGUGUCAACGUAAAUCAGAUGUAAAAAAGCAUGAGAUGACUCACACUGGAGAGAAACCCUUCAGAUGUAGAAAUUGUGAUUAUCAGUGCAAUCGGAAAGGAAGCUUACUCAUCCAUGAGAGGGCACACACAGGGGACAAGCCUUAUCAGUGCAGCGAAUGCGAUUACAAAUGUACACGAAAAGAUAGCUUACAAAGACACCAGGUACUACACGCCAGUGAAAAACCGUUUGAAUGCGACCUCUGCGAUUUCAAGUCCUAUCAAAAAGCAAGCCUGCGAAUACACCGAAUGAUACACACUGGAGAGAAGAGUUUUGCAUGUAGCUACUGCGAUUUUAUAUCCAGGCAUAAAUACACUCUACAGACUCAUGAGAUGAGACACACUGGGGAGAAACCAUUCGAGUGCAACAACUGCGACUACAAGUGCAGGCGGAAAUCAGAUUUACGAAAACACCAGACAACACAUUCGGAUGAAAAGCCUUUCAAAUGCAGCGAAUGUGAUUACGCGUGCCGCCAAAAAUCAGACUUACUCAAGCACCGGAAACGAUACGCUGGCGAUAAAAUGUUCCAAUGUAACCACUGCGACUACAAGUGUAGUCGUAAUCGUGAUUUACGAAAACACCAGACUUUACACACGGAGGCGCAGGUCACACAGAUGUUAAAAUGUGACCAUUGCAAUUAUGAAACUCUGCAUAAAUACGCUUUGCAAACACACCUGAAUACAUUGCACGUUGAUAAAAAGUCCACCUCCUUAGUUGAGUAAAUUAUUCGUGCACUGAAACAACGCUUCCAAAACUUGUAAAAAACAUACAUGUGUUAAAAGAGGGCGCAGCCAUAGUUUUUACGAAGAGAGACGCCGAUUUACGCCGAGUUACCACUGGUAAGAACUUGGUGGUAACUAGUGGAAAUAACCCGUGUAGACAAUAUUUAAAUGUUCAAUAAUAUGAUAACAUUGAGCUGUCUACUGAUGCAGUCGAAAGGAAAUAUAUGUGAAAACGUAGCCAAAGUUGCGAGUUUGGGCUUAUUAGUCUCGAAGAGGAAUAGAUAAACGUGCCAAGGAUGGGAGGUGACACAAUCAGUAAUAAAAGGAUAUAAUUAUUAUGUUGACAGUAACUGGUUUUAACAUUAUUUAUUUAUUGUUAGGGUUUAAUAUAAAUACAAUACCUGUCAACUUU